UAAUCCCCUGCAGACCCGCGUGACGCCAAAUAGACGCGCUGGCCAGUGUGUUUACAUCAGAGUCAAGUGCCUUGCAGUUUGAAAGAGCACAUGUGGAUGGAUUAAAUAAUUCAUAACAUGAGCAACAGCGCUGCGAGCCCAAUGGCAGCCAGCAGCAGCAGCACCGCGGCCGGACGCGCAUCCGGAAAGGCCACAAGCUUCAUCCCUGAGCUCCAGAGCAUGAUGUUUGCUCUCGGUGACGCUCGCAGACCGCUGCACGAGACCGCCGCCCUGGUGGAGGACAUAGUGCACACCCAGCUCAUCAACCUCCUCCAUCAGGCCACUGAGGUGGCCCUCCUGAGAGGGGCCAGGGCCAUUUCACCAGAGGAUAUCAUCUUUCUAAUGAGGAAAGACAAGAAAAAAUUGCGGCGGCUCAUCAGGUACAUGCAGUUCAGAGACUACAAAUCCAGAGUCCUCAAAACCAUCGAUGAAGAUCUGCUGGAUUCAGACAAAUACAGCAGCAGCAGCAGCAGCAGCAUCAACAAGAGACAGCGCCUGCUGCAGGACUUCAUGAGCUCCAUCGACCAGACCGGGGAAUUCCUGUCGCUGGUGGAGGAAGAGGAGGUGGAUGAAGUCAAGCAGGAGCGGCUGGAGAGAAUUGAAAAGAUGACCAGAAACAUGGAUUCCAGUCAGUACAGUGAUUUCUGUGAAAGUCGACAGCUGAGUUUCUCUAAGAAGGCCUCGAAAUUCCGCGAGUGGCUGGACUGCAGCAGUCUGGAUGUGAAGCCCAACGCCAUGUCCAUGGAGAUCCUGUCCUAUCUGGCCUACGAGACAGUGGCCCAGGUUGUUGACCUUGCCCUAUUGGUUAAACAAGAUAUGACUCCCAAAACAGGCGAUCCGUUUCAACACGCCAUAUCAGCGACUUUCAUCCAGUACUGCAACUCCUCGGCUGAGGCUACAAGCACUAAAAAGGAGACGGACUCCCCGGAAAACACACCGCCGUCCACUCCCAGCGGCCCUCUGACGGGACACCAGGGAAAGAUGCACUCCAUGGCUCAGGGCAACGGUGGGCCGAACCAAGAUGGCAGCAGUAAGAACAAACAGAGGAAGAGGAAGAAGAGUGCCUACCGCAGGAACGGGAUGACUUUCCUGGCCUGCUGAGGUGAGCGAGAGGAGGUCUGGAGGAGCUGCAGGAGUCUCUGUCUGCGUCUGUCUUUCUGUGUGUUUACACGAUUGUUUGGACAGGAAGUGCUCUGGACUGACACAAAUCUGGAUUGGACGCUUUUUGUUUAGUUGGUGUUCAUUUAAACUCUAGUAGUACGAGUUUCCUCUUUUGUGAACGGGUUUCAUUUCGUAUUUUUAGUCGGUUAAAAGAAGUACUCAAUAAUUUCAUCUUUUUUGAUGAUGAUGUGUAGAACUAGUUUUUGAUGCUUAAUUUUUAUUAUUAUUAUUUUUUUUUUUUUUAAGUUGGGUAAUAAAAAAGCCAUUUUCUUGUUGAUAUUGUAAAACUUUAUUUUUUCUAUUGUAAUAUCUGGCUUUUGUAUUUUUU